AUAUAGAUUUCUCAGUCUCUAGCAACAUUAAUAAUUAUAAUGGCUUCUUCUUCUAUCAGUCAGUUCGGUCUGCAACUCUUGGUUGUAAUCUCCCUCUUCCACCACCUCUCGAAUAUUGCUGCUGCUUCGGCCAGAAAGCUAAUUAUUAUUAGCAGCAACAGCAGCAACAGCAACAGCAGCAGCAGCGAUCAGAGCUCUUCUUCUAAUCACUACUUACAUUACCACAAUGGCACUCUCCUCACUGGCCGAAUCACAAUCCAUCUCUUAUGGUAUGGAAACUUCAAGCCCUCUCAGAGGGCAAUCAUUUCCGAUUUUAUAGCCUCUCUCUCCUCCUCACCGGAAAACAACCUGCAGAAACAUCCCUCAGUCUCCACGUGGUGGUGGAAGGCCAUUCACAAUUACUACGAUUUUGCCGGAGCCCCGUCGUCCCCCGGCCGUCUCUCCCUCGAGCUAGGCAAACAAAUACUGGACCAUAACUACACGUUUGGGAAGUCGUUGUCAAAGAAUCAAAUUGCUCAGCUGGCGGCGGCGGCGGCGAACAAGGACGACAACAACGGUAGAAACGCCGUCAACGUAGUCCUCACGGCUGACGACGUUGCAGUCGACAACGGUUUCUGCCGAAGCAAGUGCGGGACACACGGGUACUCGAAUGAAAACAAUACAAAUUACAAAGGGAAAAAGAAAAACUACUACAAGAAGUCGGCGGCUUAUAUCUGGGUUGGUAAUUCUGAGUCCCAAUGUCCAGGUUAUUGUGCUUGGCCUUUCCACCAGCCCCCACAAAAACUAAAACAAAAACAAAAUCAAUCACUAAUUACAUCCCCGAACAAUGACAUGGGCAUGGACGGGAUGGUAGCCAACUUUGCGGGCCUACUAGCUGCGACUGUCACAAACCCUUUUGGAAAUGGUUAUUAUUAUUAUAAGGGGGGCGAGGGCGAGGGCGACUACGACGAUGAUGAUGAUGAUGAUGGUCCUUUAGAAGCUGCAUCGGCCUGCACUGGGGUAUAUGCUAAGAACGCAUACCUAGACUUGCUUGUGGACCCUAUUGUAGGUGCAAGUUAUAACGCCAAUGGCGCCAACGGAAGAAGGUAUUUGGUUCCGGCAAUAUAUAACCCCAUUACGUCAACUUGCUCCUCCACUCACAUCUAAAACUGCUUUUACAUAUUUUUUAUGAUGAAUUCUAA